UAUUACACUCCCGUAGUCGAAAACUCGAAAUUUGAAGGUGUUCGACCUUUUCCCCAUUCGUUCGAAGCCACAGAGAGAGAGAGAGAGAGAGAGAGAGAGAGAUGAAGCGAAUCCCUCGGAUCAAGUUCCCGCAGAGGCAUCCCAAUCCCUCAGCACCCGCUCCCUCUUCGGAUCAAACUACGUUCUCCUUGUCGCAAUUGGGAUCUAAGUCCCAGCCAAACGAACCUUCAUCAUCUUCUGGCGCUCGGAGUUACAGGUUCCGAUCUGAUGUUCCUGCCCCGCCUUCCAACGUUGCUGUAGGUGGGAAGGCUUCGCUCCUCCCAAAACGCACCCCACUGUCUGAAGAAGAGAUUGAGGCUAUUAUGCUGGGUGGUUCUUUUUGAUGCAAGAGUCGAUGUCGUUGCAGCUGGGUGGAUGGUCACUCCGCCAAAAUUAGCAGAGCAAGUUAUGAGAAUAAUUCUUGUAGAAGUAUGAUGAUAACUAGUCAUUGUUGCUUCAAAUUCAUCAGUAGAAGCAAGAGUCGGUGUCGUUGUAAAACUAUUCGCAGAACUCUUGUAUAUUAAUGUUGAUCAAUUUGGUCAUUGACUUAUUGUCACUUGCUUUUCGGUAUGAUUGUAAUGAUUUAAAUGCCAAUUAAUAAGUGGGAUUGGUGUUGCACUCUGAUGGUUGAACAAAUAAGUUUAAUUUUUGAUCAAGCCAAUUAACUAAUCCUUUCA